AUGAGUGCUCUACGCAUGGCUGCGAUCAGUGGUCGCAUCUUCAGUGCGGCCACGCGGCACACGACGCUACUGCCCAUUGGUGGCAAUCGGUCACACAUUGCCGCAAGAGCGGCCUUUUCUUCCUUUCAGAUAUCGAGUGCCCCGAGGCUAGCACGGCCGUCGAGCAGCCAGGCGCCAGCUUUACUGAGGCGGACACUCGCGACGGCAGUCGACUUGCCUGAUCUCGAUUUGCCAAAGAGCGCAAUCGAGAAAGCCAGCCAGCUCAAGGGCGUCAUCGAUCCUCGUCUGUAUAGCGCUCUCGUCGAUGCGCCGUUCCACUACAAAGACUUGACCGUGCCUCAGAAGACCGUUCUGUCACUCAUGCCCGAGCUCGGCCUGCCACCCAACUCGAAUGAAGUGCAGGCUGGCGGGCUAGACUUGCUCAUCAAGUCUCGCACGGGAACCGGCAAGACGAUCGCGUUCCUCCUGCCAGCUCUCGAAGCCGCCUUGCGCAAGGUGGGACAAGAUCCAGAGCCUGUGCGAAAGCCGCGAGGUCGAUUCAUGCGCAACACGGGCAUCGCGCCCGUCCGAACGCUUAUCAUCUCUCCAACCCGAGAACUGGCGUCACAGAUCGCAGACGAAGCGAACAAGCUCAUGAGCAACAUCAGGGACUGCCGUGCAGUCUUUAUCUGCGGCGGCAUGCCAAAGGGACCGCAGUUCACCGAUCUGCAAUACUCGACACACAAUCUCAUCCUGGUCGCAACGCCUGGCCGAUGCAUAGAUCUCAUGCAAAACAGCCCAGAUUUUGCCAAAGCACUCGAGGGCUGCGAAACGCUCGUGCUCGACGAAGCUGAUCGACUGCUCGACAUGGGCUUCACGCCUGAUAUCGAGGAGAUCUGCAAACAUCUGCCCAAUGUGCACAACAGGAGGACACUGAUGUUCUCCGCCACCAUUUCGCCGCGUGUACAACAAGCCGCUCGUGCAUUCUUGCAGCCGCGCUACAAAUACCUUGACACUGUGCCUGCUAGCGAAGCCAACGCUCACGAGCGAAUUCAGCAGACCGUCAUCACUUGCGAUGGAGCUCACGACCAGAUCAGUACGCUCAUGAACAUCCUCGCACAAGACCAGCUCGAGCAUCCUCUGGGCAAAGCGAUCAUCUUCUGUUCGACAACCAAGUUGACCCAAUAUCUGACCCGUACCUUUGCCAUGCUCAAGCGACAUCUGCCCUGGGGACGAGGUACCGAAGUCGUCGAGAUCCAUUCCGGCAAGGAACAACGAUCGCGAGAUAGCGCCAACAGGCGUUUCAGAGGACAUGACAGAAGUUACGCCGUCCUGAUCACAAGCGACGUAUCAGCGCGUGGUGUCGAUUACAAGGGCGUGACACGUGUCAUCCAGAUGGGACUGCCCAAAGAUCGCGACACAUACACACACAGAAUCGGGCGUACCGGACGAGCAGAGGCAAACGGUCGAGCAGACCUGCUCCUCCUACCGUUUGAAGCCGAUUCAGCGCAGGUCAUGCUCAAUAAGAUGCCUUUCGAGACGCUGGAUAGCGAGCAAGUCGCUACUGCGACCAAGGAGGCAGCCGAAGCCUUCGACGAGCGAACGGCGAACAAGGUCAAACGUUCGCCCGAAGCGCGCGCCAUGGCUUCUAUACACGCCGGUGCUCUCGUUUCGGAACAAAUAUCAGCAGUAGAGUCGACGAUGAAAGACGUUGUGGCUCCCAACACCGAGCCUGACGAUAUCAGCGAUGUCGUUGGCAGUCUGUUCGGCUACUACCGGGGCAUCAGGGAUGGAAGUCUGAGAGAUGAAGAGGUCUAUGAGGGAUUGAAGGAAUGGGUAGAUGCCUUGACAGGCGGCGCCGGUCGCGUACCGAGUAUGAACUUUCUCGUCAAGAUCGGAUAUGGCGGUUUGCAAAAUGACCGCCCUUCGCGCUCGGGUGGAUCCUUUGGCGGUCGAUCUAGAUCUGGCAGCGAUUUCGGCAGCUUUGGUGGCAGAUCCAGCUUCCGGGGGGCUGGCAACAGAUCAGACGACCGCAGCUCAUUCGGCGGAUCUCGCGGCGCGCCACGCGAGUAUCAAGGUAGGAAGUCAGAUGCAGCAUUCGGCGGACGAUCGUUCGACGAUGGCAGGAAAGGCCGUCGGACAUUCGAUAGACCCGACAAGUUCUCGGACUCGCGAGGAUCACGCAGUCCAUUUAGAAGCUACUGA